AUGCUUAAUUUAAAAAAGCAUUCUGAAUAAGAUGUGGACUCUUUAAUUGAGUCUAUGCUUAGAUUGAUUGAAUAUAUGAAUAAUAACCCUGCUAUAAAACGUUAGAUUUUUCAAUCUUUCAAUUAAGAAGACUUAGAAAAAAUUUUGAACAAUUUGAAUGAGAAAAAAAACAUUUUUCUAAGGAAAGUUUCUUGCAUAUUUUUAUGUAUUGUGCUAUAGAAUGAAGACAAUUGUUAAAAUUUUAUGAAAUUUUGUGAUCUACUUCCAAUCAAUUCCAAGUUAGCACUGAAUGGUAUCCCUGAAUAAUUGAGUUAGUACAUAUCUAGUGAUUUAUUAUUAAAGCUAAAUUAGGCUUAGCCUUCUGAAAAUAGUUUAUGUUGGUUUUAUACUUUAUAAAUGGCAAAGGAAAAGAUACCAAACUUAGCAUAUUUUUAACUUAAUUCAAAGGAAUUGAAAAAAUAAAUUAAUGAUUUUGUAGAUCCAUCAGAAUGCAUGAUUGGAAUCAUUUAUAGAAAAUCACCCUCAAAAACUCCUUAAACAGAGACUUAAAACUGGAGCAAUAGAAAUGAACAUAAUCAUAAAAUGAGCAUCUCUCCUGUAAGCAAAUAAAUGGCUUCUUUGAUAUUACCAUUAAAAGAAAUAAACAAUCCAAAAUAUUAUUAGAAAUAUGUAGCAAAAUCUUUCAAUCAACAAUAAUGCAAGAACUUACUUUCUAAUACUGCAAGAACAGAAAAUUCUUAAGAGAAGCAUAAAACAAGAUUAGAAAUUUUUAAGAAUAAAUUUUAAUGA